AUGACCAGGGAAGACAGUUACAGAGAAGAAUUCAGCUAUGAUAGGAUGCCAACUUUGGAACGGGGAAAACAAGAGAAUGGAAAUUACGUGCCAGAUACCAAAUCCAGUGACCUUCAGCUAUCAAAGAGGCUACAUCCUUGCUUUAGUUACAGAACAUGGAUCUUUUCUUUGCUGAUGGGAACUUGCCUCAUUAUUACUUCUGGAUUUUCACUAUAUCUGGGAAAUAUUUUUCCAUCUGAAAUGGAUUAUUUACGUUGUGCAGCAGGUUCAUGUAUUCCUUCAGCAGUUGUGAGCUUUGCUAUAGCCAGGAAUAAAAUUAAUGUGAUACCCAAUUUUCAGAUUCUGUUUGUUUCUACAUUUGCUGUUACAACAACCUGUUUAGUUUGGUUUGGAUGCAAACUUGUCCUCAAUCCAUCAGCUAUAAAUAUAAAUUUCAAUUUGAUUCUACUUAUUUUGCUGGAAAUCUUCAUGGCAACUACUGUGAUCAUUUCAGCUAGAUCUACUGAAGACUGCUGCACAAGAAAGAAAAAUGCUGCAUAUGACAGUAGUAUCGUUUUGAGCAAUGUCAGCUUUCCUACUCGAAUUCUAAAGUCAUACUCGGUAAUUGAGGUGAUUAUUGGAAUUUCAUCAGUAUUUGGUGGAAUAAUUGCUUUGAAUAUGGAUGUUCUAGUCUCAGGUCCAUAUCUUUCAGUAACAUUCUUUUGGAUCUUAGUUGCUUGCUUUCCAAGUGCUAUUGCAAGUCACGUAGCUGCUGAAUAUCCAAGUAAAUGUCUGGUUGAGGUCCUGAUUGCCAUUAGCAGUGUUACCUCUCCAUUGUUGUUCACUGCUUCUGCAUACUUAUCCUUCAGUAUCAUGCAAGUUGUUGACAUCUUUAAAAAUUACCCACCUGCUGUUAAACAAUCUUAUGAUGUACUCCUAUUGCUUCUGAUGUUGAUGCUACUAAUUCAGGCAUGCCUUACUAUUGGAACUGUAAUACAGUGUGUAAAUUACAAGACAAAAAUGAAACUACAUGAUUCAUCAUGGACAGCAUCACAGGUUAAAAAGCAGGAAUACAGAACAACAGAGGUUUCCAAUAACACCUUAAAGGAUUUUGACAAAGACAAGGCCUGGAAAGCAGUUGUGGUACAGAUGGCUCAGUAG